CAGAAGGAAAGAAAAGGAAAACUGGAGACAAGAGGCACAAAGGAAAAGAGAAGAAAAAUAGAGCCUGAGGACUAGAGGAAAGCCGAGGAAGGAGAGAGCACCGAGAAGGAGAGUAAUAGACGAGAGAAAAAUGGAAGAAGAAAGAGACUAAGAGAUUGAGAUUAGAAGCAAAAAACAGAGCACCGAGAAUGAAUGAAGAGGAGACUGAGAUCAGAAGCAAGAACAGAGCACAAAUAAGAGACACAAGAGAGAGAGAGACUAAGUGAGGCAUGAAGAAGAUGAAGUCCAUGAAUGACAGCAGGAGCAACAAUAAGAGUGGGAAUAAUAUUAAUAGUAGUCGAAACUGGUUGGGGUUUUCUCUAUCACCCCACAUGAAAAUGGAGGUUACUUCUAGCCCACCCCUUCAUCAUCACGAUUAUCAUCAUUAUAAUCAUCAACCUCAAGUUUCUACUGCUGCUAUUUCUAGCUCUGUUCUGACAACCUUCUGUCUAUCGCCUUCUCAACUCAAUAGUUAUAGGAUAUGUUAUAGUGCGGUGAAGAACCCAGGCUAUCAUUCUCCAUUGACUGCCAUGCCUUUCAAGUCUGAUGGCUCACUUUGUAUAAUGGAAGCUCUGUCUCGAUCACAAACUCAAGUGAUGAUGCCAAAUUCAUCUCUAAAACUGGAGGACUUUUUAGGUGGUGCAAUUAUGGGGACUCAUGAUGUAAUGGCUCUGAGCCUCAACAGCAUUUACUAUGGCAACCAGGCUGCAUAGGCUCAAUCCCAUAGAGACCAUUCUCUUGACUUUCUUUUGGAGCCCUUCAAACAGCAAGACCCCAUCUCUGUUCAGUCACAUCCUUAUUAUUCUAGAAAAAUUAAUUAAUCAAAUUAAUAAAUUUAAGUUGUAAUCA